GUAGUGGUAGUAAGGUUAUCCGCGAAUGAUAUGUAUCUUUUGUACGUUACCUAGCUACUAUGACAACGAUCACGCUAGCAACGAUCACCAUAGCAAUAACGAAUUUAGAGAAAGCUAGAGCGACUAGUUAUACGUUAUGUAGAACUGACUCACGACAACCCACCAAUAUCUUGCUGGCUGGCAAUUAUAUUUUGACAGCUUUUUAAGAGGAAGCUGUGUUACCUGAAGCUGCGUUUCCCGAACUUUUUUUUUUUCUUUAAAAAAGAAAAAAGGCGAUCUCAAAAGCCCAACCAUUGCUUACUAUGGCCAAUUCCAAAUACGAGUAUACGCGUCAUUUUGAAACGGUAGACAAGGUAUUACCCAACACUUGGAUGGUUGUCCGCAUUGACGGUCGAGGAUUCCAUAGAUUUUCUCAAGAACACGAAUUCGCUAAACCCAACGAUCGUCGCGCUAUUGAUCUCAUGAAUCGUUGUGCUGUUGAAGUUAUGAUGGAUAUCAAAGAUAUUACCAUUGGAUAUGGUCAAAGUGAUGAAUAUAGUUUUGUACUGCCAAAAUCAUGCAACUUAUACUCGAGACGUGCAAGUAAAAUUUCUUCGACGAUCGUAAGCUUAUUUGCAGCCAAUUACACGAUGCGAUGGAACGAAUACUUUCCUACUGUCAAGUUAAAAUACCCGCCCUGUUUCGACUCUCGCGUUGUGUGUUACCCAUCGGAUCAAAACUUACGUGAUUACUUAAGCUGGCGACAAGUGGAUUGCCACAUCAACAACUUAUAUAACACAACUUUUUGGGCCAUCGUUCAUUCUGGAAAGACAGAAACAGCAGCAGAGGAGGAGUUACGGGGGACAUUUUCUAAGGAUAAGCAUGAGAUUCUGUUUUCGAAGCACAAUAUCAAUUACAACACCAUAGAAGAGAUCUACAAGAAAGGAUCUGUAAUUAUCCGUCAAAAGACGAAAGUGACAUCUAUUUCACCAAAUACCGGCGAACCCGUAGAACGCAUCAAACUUGUACCAACACCAUUGCAUGUUGACAUUAUUGGCCAACCUUUUUGGGGCGAACACCCACAAUUACUCAAAUAAUAUUAAUGAUAAUAAUGUAUCUUCUCUAGUGUAUUGAUUUCAAAUAAUU